AUGGUUGAGUUAGGUGGAAAGACUAGAAGAGAACAUGAUAUUCAACAUGGCGGGAGGAAGAGAGAAUGGUCAGAGGGGUUCGUAGUAGUAACGGGUCAAUCAAUGCUGAUGAACUUUAUCACCACUGACCUUUCGAAGAAAACUACCUUCCCUUAUAACAAGAGUAAAUCGUAUGUCUUCCUCAACCUCACCACACCACGCCAUUACCGACGCUCUCAAACCUUUACCAACCUACUGAGCCUCCUCACUCACCCCUCGAUUGCUCUUCCGAUCUUGGUCUGUGUAAACGCCUCGCCCCUCCACCUCAACUCUCUUUUCCUCUACACUUCGUCGAAGCUAACGAGCGAGCAAAAAGGAGAGGAGAAAGCCCAGAUGGUCAGGGUGUCCCCCGGAAGACUAAAUUGGUGCACCUCCGGAAUCUUUGGUGGAAGAGUUCUCCUUUUGAGUUGGAAAAGCAUCAUGGCACCAAUGAACGAGAAGUACCUAGAUCGCUGGAUUCUGGUUUUUUGUGACGGUGUUCGCAUGUCGACCUUGCACCAUAAAGGAAUCUGGAAAAUAACGAUUCGAGAUGAGGCAAUGUACAGAGUUCGAUCGUCAUCGGAAUGCGCACAUGAAGUCGUUCUUCCCAAAUCCAACCUGGGAAAGAUAUUCUCGGGUUGUAUGUGGGUGCGAAUUCCGGACGCAGGAGUCGCAUUCGCUCAUUUGAUCUUUCCAUAUGAUCCCGUGUUUUCUCCAGCUCAGGGGAGGGUUCUCGGCCUUCUUUCCAGGCAUAUAAACCCCGAGGCAGAGCCGCUCAUCUGGCACAAUCUUCCAGACGCCACAAGCCCACAAAAUUCAAUCUUUCAAAAUCUCUACCCGUCUCACACGAUCUCCAGCUCCUCGAACCCCUCUACCAUCUCACUCACCUUACUAGUAGGAUUAUACCGAAAACCCUGCCCCCCAAAAUUUGCAUGCACCGCUGCCCCUUUCGACUCCAACCCCACCGCAGGAUACAACCUCCUCCGCGAGAUUGGUACAUCCGGUUCUGUGCACACCCAAACUGUCAGCUAA